AUGUCGCAAGUGGAAGCAUACAAUGGGUCACAGGACCCACUCGACCAUUUGGAGUCAUUCAAGACCCUUAUGCACCUACAAAGGAUUCCAGAUAAGAUUAUGUGCAGGGCAUUCCCCACUACGCUCAAGGGACCAGCAAGAGUAUGGUUCAGCAAACUAACCCCCAACACCGUCUCUACCUUCAAGGAGUUGAGCGGACACUUUGUCACCCACUUUAUCAGGGGGAAGAGGUACAAGAGGUCCUCAGAAAACCUGUUGAACAUUAAGCAAUGGGAAGACGAAAGCCUGAGGUCAUACGUGACUCGUUUCAACAAGGAGGCCCUUUUGAUUGACAAGACUGACGACAAAGUUUUGGUCAUCGCAUUCACCAAUGGACUCCAAUUAGGAAAGUUCCUCUUCUCCAUCUACAAGAACAACCCGAAGACAAUGGCCAACAUGCUAUAUAAGGCUACGAAGUAUAAGAAUGCUGAGGACGCCAUGAUUUUCCGAGGGGGCAAACCAAAGAAAAGGGAAAGACAAGACUAUCCCCGUCCCGACAGAAGAAGAAAGUCUGCCCAAAUGAGUGACCGAAAGGACGAUAGGAGAUCAAGACCUCCUCCCGGAAGGACUAUCAACUUCACCCCACUAAAUACCCCACUUGACCAAGUCCUCAUGCAGAUAAAAGACGAUGCGGCAUUGACUUGGCCAGACAAGCUAAAAGGCAAUCCAAAUAAAAGGCCUAGAAACAAGUAUUACCGUUUCCACCGAGAUCAUGGGCACGACACUUCCAAAUGUUAUGACCUAAAGCAGCAUAUAGAAGUCCUCAUCAAGCAAGGAAAAUUACUGCAAUUUAUCAGAGGCAAAGAGAACCCGCCAAGGGACCCCGAACCCAACUGA